CGCCUGUGACGUCAUCAAAGAUUCGGGACUCGGUCUGCUCCAGUGUCUCCUCAAUAUUUACCGUAAUUUCCAGUGUUUUCCAAGUGUUUCCAGCUGUUUCUAAAGUCAGGCGUGUAGAUAGUUGUAGUAGAAGGAAGAAAAUAAGAGAAAUGAAAGAGAAGGAAGAAAUAAAAAGAAAUGGAGGAGGAGGCAAAACAGCUAUCCAACAUCAGAACAGUAUAUGAAUAUGGCAAAUGCUGUUUUGACAUCAUUUCCUGCCAUCCUGAGAAACAGUGAUCUCGAGGAGCAUGAAUUGCAGCUGCAAUGGAAAUUGUGCAUCCAGCGCAAGUUUCAGGAUUCAAGAAAGAGGCAGGAUUCCUCAGUGACUGAGGUGACGUCAAGGAAAGAGAAGAUCCCUUGCAUAGCGCCAAAAGAGACUACGUGUCCACUGAUGUAUGGAGUAAAGGCUUACCUUCCACCAAGGCCCCAUUCAGAAGAUGAUGAGUCAUUAGAGAGACUAGACAGUGGCUUGCUCUACAUUGGAUGAAGAAAGAUCCCGAGUUAGAUAAGGCUGAACGCCUCAUGCAGUUGACACUCUCUGAGAGACGCAAAAAAAUAAUCAAUGGGAACAUUCUUGUAGCAGAAAUCCUGAACUUGUACCCGUGGAUUCAGACUUUUGAUGGCAUAAUCAAGGAGUUCCUGAGAUUAGAACCACAAGCGGAUGAACCAGACCCAAGAGUAGCAGUUUUGAAAAGGCUGGAGAAAUAUAGGCUCCCAAUAAUUGCCAUUCUCAAAAAAAGAAAAGCAGUUCCUCUGUUUAUGGAAACCUUACUUGAACUCUAUGACCACGAUGAAAGUCAAUAUGUGAGGUUCACGCUCCUGGCCUACACCAAGCAAUAACCCUGAGACACGGGGAAGAGCGUCACCGCUUGCCUCUCAUCCUUCCAUCACUUGUAUUGUCUUCAGACUCUUUACUCAGUUUGGUGACCACACACUGCAUAGAAAUGGCACCACACCAAAGAUGUCAAGAGGUAACUGUUUGUGACAAGUCAAACUGUUAUGAUCCAGCAUGGGCCACGAAAAGCAAGUGAAUCUGAAGUUCUUGAUGAAGUUUGGAAAAAUCAUCAAAUGAAGUCUCAAGAUACUUAAAUACAGGGCGAGUCAAAAGUAGCAUGCAAUUCACGUUUUAUAGCUGUGAGUUUUUAUUGCCAUUUGUAUUGCAGUGUGUAGGAAGGUAGAGUCAAAAGUAGCAUGCAAUUCAUGUUUUAUAGCUGAGUUUUUAUUGCCAUUUGUAUUACAGUGUGCAGGGAGGCAGAACUAAAUAGAACAUUUUCAAAUUAUUUCUUAUUAUUCCAUUUCUUCAGGGAAUAAGAAAUAUAACUGACUAUUUUACUUGCAAUGUUCAAUGUUCUUGUGUUCACUACUGUACAACUGCAAUCAAGCAGCAGGCACAGAGUGAUACACACACUUGUUGAGUUUACUAUCAGGAAACUGCAAAGAACUCUGCAAGUCACCUCGUCACUCUGUGCCUGCUUGACUGCAACUGUACAUGAUCAUGAGAACACCUUCAACACUGCAAGUACAACAGCCUGUCACAAUUCUGUAUUCCCUGAAGGAAUGGAGUAAUUUGAAAUUAAUUUCAAAAUGUUUUCAAUUGCAUACAAAUGGCAAAGAAACAACUCGGUCCUAAAACAGGAAUUGCACUACUCUUGACUCACCCUGUAAGUCUGUGUGAAGUGUGUUCCCUAUGCAUGUCUCUGAAUGGCAAAGAUGAUUCAAGGAAGGUCGGGAGAAUGUGGAGGAUGACCUGAAGUUGAUUACCUUCAACUACAGAAACUUUAGCACCAUUUUGGCACAAACUUUGUGUAUCUCUGGGCAGUCAGUCAGAAUUAUUCUCACAAUUUAUUUGCUCUUUGGAGCUCAUCUGCCAUUAUUAUUCUGAUGGUUUUCUAGUUCAGUCUUUCACCUUUACAGAUGGAACCAGAUUUUGCAUUUGAAAGUUGUGUACCAUGGUCAUUCUCCACAUCCCCCCUGCUCUCCUUGAACUGUUUGCGCCAUUCAGACGCAUGUACAGAAUACUGCCACUUCACAGACUUUUAGCAUUCUAAGGCUUCUGUGGGGCAUUUUCUAAGAUUCACUACAAACUUCAGAUACACUUGCUGCUUGUAGAUCAUUUGCAUCAAUAAAAGUUUAACAACAUGCACUGGACAGUUACUUGUGAAGGUAAGCAUAGUAAAUGAAUUAAGGCACAGUAAAUUAAUUAAGGUGUGUGCCUCCUCUCAAAUAUAAAAGCUUAUAAAGAAAAACUAUCAUUGUGAAAGAAAAACUAUCACUGUGAGGGAACGGCAACUGAUUCCUAUACUGCAAGUCAAUGAGAUCACCAUAAAAGAGAGCUAUUAGCACCAUGACCUGCACAAAGACUGUUGCAGGCUCCCUUACACUGUGUUCAUCAGUAUACAUAAAGGAGCUUCCUUACUUAAGUACAAUUAGAACCAAACAAAAUCACGUGCACAUAUGAUUCAGGGUUGUUGUUAUUCAUGCUUUAGUCCCUCUUCACCUAGCAAGUAACAGGUACAGAACAAAGGCAAGAUGUUGACUUGCAAAUCUGCAAUCCCAAUGAAAUGCCCUAAGUCAAUGUUGUGCAGUAUAUGGUUCAAAUUCUCCUAACCAUUGGUGAUGCCUUUGUCCUGCAGUGAAAUUAAAGGUGCUGCUGAAUAUGACAAUGAUGAUGAUGAAAGUUGUUAAUAGCUAUUAAAAAUUUUCAGAGUAUUUCAGAAGAAUCUGUGUCAGUGGUGACAUCUGUGUCGCUGAUGCCGGCAGGCAGACCACCUCCAGCUGGCUCCUUGCUGUAGUUCAUGAUUUCCCUCCAACCAUCUGUGGAAAUAAAAAAAAGUAACUUAA